CUGCUGGGAUAACGAAGAGAAAACAUGUAGAGAGCCAACAACUGAUCUAUUAACGUGAAUUCUGCUAGUUCUAACAUUCGUCUCAUCUUCACUAGCCCCCUGUUGUGGUUCCCCAGGGGAAGGAUACGAUAGGUACCAGAGAGACCUGCGAGACAAAACACACGCACAGACAUGCUUGAACAGGCGCCACAAUUAAGCAAAAGGCUAGGAAGUGUCAGCCUUGGCGGGGCGACGUCGGGCGUGUUGCCGCGGGGCGGCAAGCCUUAUGAAUGCGCGCCGCUUGCUUCCGGAUCCGGAGGAUAUGCGGCCGCCUGGCAGGGGUGGAAGCGCCUGCGGGCCUAUCUUCAAGCGGAAGGCAUAAGCAGGCACAUGCCGCGCCUUGGGGGUUUGUUCGUUGCUGGGACCUGAGGCAGAAGUCAGAGGCCACGCCGGUUCGCGGGGGUUCAGAGGUGUAGGGCGUUGCCCGUGGAGCUCUGCGCGGCAAGCAUGCAAGUGACGCGACUGCACGCAAGCAAGCGGCGCGACUGCAUGAGGCCGCCGCCUCGCACCAUCGAGCAGCGUGAGCCACGGGCUUGGGUGAGGAGAGCGCGGCGCCAACGCGGACGCGUUAAGUUUCAAAAGUCAUAGCCUAACAGCGAGGGCUCAGGGCUGGGGGGAGAGGAGAGCGGGGCACCAAAGUACUCGGGCGCUUUAAUUUUCAAAAUUCAUUUCAAAAUUCACGCCCUACUCCUAACUUUCAGGAUCGACUCAGAUUCUAGCUUUCGCAAUUCAUGUCUUAACUGUCAGAAUUCAUGCCUUAACUUUCAGCAUUUAUGGCCUAACUUUCACAAUUCAUCAUCAUCUCCUAACGUUCGAGGUUCGGCAAUGUCCUAGCCCUAGGUAACUAAACUUUCGAAACACAUCCUAACUUUUGCAGUUUUUUCAUGUCCUAACUACUUUCACAAUGAAUGCAUGCCCUAACUUUCGCAGUUCACGUCUUAACCCUCAAAGUAAGUUCACGCUGCGCGUUUUUGCGGUGUUGUCUCCGCGUGUCUUGGGCUUCAAAAUUCUAAGUCAAAUCUCAAUUCAAAAUCAAACUUCAAAACUUAACCUCUAAAUGAAAAGUUAAAUAUAUUCAAAAAUCAAAACCAAGGCAAAACUUUACAAGUAAAGCGAUUUUUUUCGUCUAUCAUUAAGUCGCGUCCUAUCAUUCUGCUGGAACUGGAAGUGGAAAGGUGGCAAGGUGUAUUCGGGAACAUACACAUAGGUGCGAUAUUUUUAUUUUUUCCUCUGAUUCUGACUGUCUAUUUGCUGGUGCUUUGUAAUUAAGAAACAGAGUCAGUGGUGUGGAAAAAUGGUUGAUAUUUUUGACGCUGAGUAUCAUUAUCAAGGAUUAUCGAU